AUGGUCAAUUUACUGCAAGAGGAUCUUGUUGCUUAUCAUGGGAGUUUGGAAGAAAGGGCAGAUGAGCUAGAGGGUGAUGAGCUAGAGGGUGAUGAGCUAGAGGAAGAUGUGCUAGAGGGUGAUGUGCUAGAGAGAGAUCAGCUAGAGGGUGAUGUGCUAGAGAGAGAUCAGCUAGAGAGAGAUGUGCUAGAGGGAGCACCAACACGGUUGAUGAAUUUUAAUGAUGAUCUGUUUGUUUCCUCAUGUACAGAGGAACAUAGUGAUGACGAUGACGAUAGUGGCUCGGAUAUCGUGAGAGACUUGCUUGACGGUUUAUCUACAUUUGAGUUGUCCGAUUUGUGCAAUCUCGGAGAAAAUGCAAAGUAUUUUAUAAACACCCUUUUACAGUCGCUUGACUCAAGCGACCUUGACGAGUCAUUGGUCACUGAAGCUCAAUUAAGUGGGCAUUUGAACAAUGAGAAUCAGAAACUAAUUGAGAAAAGAGAGUUGCUAGCGCAAAAACUCGCCAGGAUUCUGCAUUUGUUUGAAAUCAACUUUUCUUCAACAUCAGGAGGUGCCGAAGUAGGUGGUGGGGCAAGAGCAAGGGCUAAAAUAUCCCGAUUGGAGCAUUUAAAGAAUGAAAUUGAGACAAUAGAAAACCGAUUAGCUCAAAUUGUACAUGGGAAGAAACCCACAUUUGCAUUACCAUUUGCAAAAGCUAAAAAAAAGACGGGGGUGCUUGAGAAAUACCCCAUAGAGUACAAUCAGGCAAGAGAUAAGGUACUUGAAAGAAUUGUAGAUGAUGACACGAGAAACAAGUAG